GGCAUUCAAACCGAAUCAUUUAAAUGGUUGAUUCAUUCAGGAACGAAACACUGUCAUGUUGCUCAGAGAUGCAAAACUGUGCUGUGGCUGUUUGUAAUGAUUUUUGUUGGCGAGAUAUAGCAAAAACAGCCAAUAUGGUGUCUAAAACGUAAGUCUCUUGAUAUUAAUUUAUAGUCCCAUGAGGAUUAUUUUUCAUAAAAUUGUUUCUAAAAUUAAGAGCACAUAGCCUGUAAAUGAUUCCAUAUAGGAUGAGUUUGUUUAUACAGGAAUAGCAUAAGUUAACAGAGAGAGAGGGGAAAACAGAAUUAAUGUGAAGCUGAAAUAUAAAUGCUUAUUUGGACUAUAUUUUAGUAUUCUUAUGAUUUUGAUUUUAUUUUGCUAAUUGCCAAGAAUAUGAAUAACUUUCAUGUCAAUGAAAAAAACUGCAAUUUCUCAGUUGAUUCUUGUGUAUGAAUGCAUAGAGACCUUUUUUGAUUUGCAUUUUUAAGAAAUGGGCGAUUAUGACAUCGAAGAACAGGACACUUUUCCCGUGCAGAUGGGCGAGGAAGGUGGUAAUCGAGGAAAUCCCAAGAGAAGAAGUCGAAGGGUAGAGAAUAUUCAUAAGAAUGUUUCUAGGUGGAUGCUUCCCGAGGAGUUACGGGAGACGUAUUUGGAGCGCGCGAACUGCUGUCCGCCACCAAUCUUCAUCAUCCUCGUCAGUUUAGCGGAGUUAGGAGUGUUUAUCUACUAUGCAGUAUGGAAGCCUCAAAAGCAGUGGAUAACCCUGGGAACAGGGAUCUGGAAUAGUCCUCUUACCUAUAAACCUGAAAACCGUGGUGAGGCUUGGCGGUUUCUCUCCUACAUGUUUGUACAUGCCGGUGUGGAGCAUAUAAUGGGAAACCUGAUCAUGCAGCUUUUUCUGGGAAUUCCUCUGGAGCUGGUGCAUAAGGGCUUUGAAGUUGGCAUGGUCUAUAUGGCUGGAGUCCUGGCAGGCUCUCUCGCGAGCUCCAUCUUCGAUCCUUACAGUGCUCUUGUGGGUGCUUCAGGUGGUGUUUAUGCCCUCAUAGGAGGUUACUUCAUGAAUGCUGUGGUGAAUUUCAGGGAGAUGAUGCCACUUCUGGGAGUGUUUCGCAUCCUGGUAAUUGUUCUGAUUGUUGGAACAGAUGUUGGAUUUGCUAUUUACAGAAGAUUCAUUACCCACGAGGCUGACAUGAAGGUCUCUUUUGUGGCUCAUAUUGCCGGUGGGGUAGCAGGCAUGACCAUUGGUUAUGUGUUUUUCACCAACUUCAAUAAAGAGCUCCUGAAGGAUCCACGCUUCUGGAUGUGCAUUUUGGCAUACAUCGCUGCCUUCUGUUUUGCUGUAGGUUUCAACAUCUUCUUGUCCCCAGUGCCUGCAUGAGGAGGAUGUGUAUCUCAGGUCAAUAUGCCAGAAUAUCCUGUUGGUCUUUAAAGAUUUUUAAGGUUGAAUGCUAAUACACUAUAUGUAAAGGAAACAAAUGUCAUUUAUAU